AUGCCUCGGACCUUUGGAGGUGACGGAGUCCCACCUCUAACUGACAAACCAGGGACUCCUAAGAUACGACUUGGCAAACAAAUGGUAAUGAGAUGGGGAGCUAUUAAUAUCAAUGGGGGCUAUACUGGGAAGAAGGUAGAGCUGGCAGAGGCUGCAAGCAAGAUGGGGCUGGACGUUUUAGCUGUUAGUGACAUUCGGGUAAGGGGUGAGAAAGAUGAGGAAGUGGGAGAAUACAAGGUCUACCUGUCACGAGUCAAAGCAGGAAUAGCACAAUGGGGUGUAGGGCUUUACAUCAGGAAAGAAAUGGAACCCAGCGUAGUUGCAAUAAGGUAUGUAAACGAACGACUGAUGUGGAUAGAUUUGACAGUGUCUAGCAGGAAAAUUAGGAUUGUGUCAGUAUAUUCGCAUUGUGAAGGGACAUAUCAAGAUAAGAUGGAUAGUUUUUAUGAGGCACUCAGUGAUGUAGUUGUUAGAGUAAAGGACAAGGACCGUGUUCUGCUCAUGGGCGAUUUUAACGCCAGGAUUGGAAAUCGAACAGAAGGGUAUGAAAAGGUUAUGGGUAAAUUUGGAGAGGAUAUGGAGGCCAACAGGAACGGGAAACAACUCUUGGAUUUCUGUGCCAGUAUGGGCUUAGUAAUCACAAACUCCUUUUUUAAACAUAAGAACAUUCACCGGUAUACUUGGGAAGGCAGGGGAACCAGAUCUGUCAUUGACUAUAUAAUAACAGAUCAGGAAUUCAGGAAGGCUGUGAGGGGGACACGUGUAUUCAGGGGAUUCUUUGAUGACACUGAUCAUUAUUUAAUCUGCAGUGAAAUUGGGAUUGUGAGGCCGAAAGUGCAGGAGGGAAAUGCUAUGGCAGAAUUGGCUGCAGAGAAUGUCACAGGAACUAAAAAAUCGUUUAGUACUUGUGCUGAGAGGCAAAGCACAGAAAAUCAUUGUGCAGCUUUGUACCAUCAAUUAAUAGCAUAA